AUGUCGACGCUGGCCCCCCUGCGUCUGCUGCGCGAGCCCUCGAAUGCCAGCGAGGGCAACCACAGCAACACCACGGUCGGGGCCGGUGGUGGCUGGUGCCAGGGGCUGGACAUUCCCAACGAGCUGUUCCUGGCGCUGGGGCUGGUGAGCCUGGUGGAGAACCUGCUGGUGGUGGCAGCCAUCCUGAAGAACAGGAACCUGCACUCGCCCACCUACUACUUCAUCUGCUGCCUGGCGGUGUCGGACAUGCUGGUGAGCAUCAGCAACCUGGCGGAGAUGCUCUUCAUGCUGCUGCUGGAGCACGGGGUGCUGGUGAUGCGCCCCAGCAUCGUCCGCCACAUGGACAGCGUCAUCGACACGCUCAUCUGCAGCUCCGUGGUCUCGUCCCUCUCCUUCCUGGGGGUCAUCGCCGUUGACCGCUACAUCACCAUCUUCUACGCGCUGCGCUACCACAGCAUCAUGACCCUGCAGCGCGCCGUGGUCACCAUGGCCAGCGUCUGGCUGGCCAGCACCGUCUCCAGCGCCGUCUUGAUCACCUACUACCGCAGCAACACCGUCCUCCUCUGCCUCAUCGGCUUCUUCCUCUUCAUGCUGGUCCUCAUGCUGGUGCUCUACAUCCACAUGUUCGCCCUCGCCCGCCACCACCUCCACAGCAUCUCCAGCCAGCAGAAGCCACCCACUGCCCACCGUGGUGGCAGCCUGAAGGGCGCCGUCACCCUCACCAUCCUCCUGGGCGUCUUCUUUAUCUGCUGGGGGCCCUUCUUCUUCCACCUCAUCCUCAUCGUCACCUGUCCCACCAACCCUUUCUGCACCUGCUUCUUCAGCUAUUUCAACCUCUUCCUCAUCCUCAUCAUCUGUAACUCGGUGAUUGACCCCCUCAUCUACGCCUUCCGGAGCCAGGAGCUCCGGCGGACGCUGCGGGAGGUGGUGACGUGCUCCUGGACGCGGUUGGGAAGGGUGUCCCCUUUCUGGGAGGUGAUCAGCGACGAGCACGGCAUCGACCCCAGCGGCAACUACGUGGGGGACUCGGACCUGCAGCUUGAGCGCAUCAGCGUCUACUACAAUGAGGCCUCUUCUCACAAGUACGUGCCUCGCGCCAUCCUGGUGGACCUGGAGCCGGGGACGAUGGACAGCGUGCGCUCGGGUGCCUUCGGCCACCUCUUCCGCCCUGACAACUUCAUCUUCGGGCAGAGCGGUGCCGGGAACAACUGGGCCAAGGGGCACUACACAGAGGGGGCCGAGCUGGUGGACUCGGUGCUGGAUGUGGUGCGGAAGGAGUGCGAGAACUGCGACUGCCUGCAGGGCUUCCAGCUGACCCAUUCCCUGGGCGGCGGCACCGGCUCGGGCAUGGGCACGCUGCUGAUCAGCAAGGUGCGCGAGGAGUACCCCGACCGCAUCAUGAACACCUUCAGCGUGGUGCCGUCCCCCAAGGUGUCCGACACGGUGGUGGAGCCCUACAACGCCACGCUGUCCGUGCACCAGCUGGUGGAGAACACGGACGAGACCUACUGCAUCGACAACGAGGCGCUCUACGACAUCUGCUUCCGCACCCUCAAGCUGGCCACCCCCACCUACGGCGACCUCAACCACCUGGUGUCGGCCACCAUGAGCGGCGUCACCACCUCCCUGCGCUUCCCGGGCCAGCUCAACGCCGACCUGCGCAAGCUGGCCGUCAACAUGGUGCCCUUCCCGCGGCUGCACUUCUUCAUGCCCGGCUUCGCGCCGCUGACGGCGCGCGGCAGCCAGCAGUACCGCGCCCUCACCGUGCCCGAGCUCACCCAGCAGAUGUUUGAUGCCAAGAACAUGAUGGCCGCCUGCGACCCCCGCCACGGCCGCUACCUCACCGUGGCCACUGUCUUCCGUGGCCGCAUGUCCAUGAAGGAGGUGGAUGAGCAGAUGUUGGCCAUCCAGAGCAAGAACAGCUCCUACUUUGUGGAGUGGAUCCCCAACAACGUCAAGGUGGCCGUGUGCGACAUCCCGCCGCGGGGGCUGAAGAUGUCCUCCACCUUCAUCGGGAACAGCACGGCCAUCCAGGAGCUCUUCAAGAGGAUCUCGGAGCAGUUCACGGCCAUGUUCCGGCGCAAGGCCUUCCUGCACUGGUACACGGGCGAGGGCAUGGACGAGAUGGAGUUCACCGAGGCCGAGAGCAACAUGAAUGACCUGGUGUCCGAGUACCAGCAGUACCAGGACGCCACGGCCGAGGAGGAGGGCGAGAUGUACGAGGACGACGAGGAGGAGUCGGAGGCGCAGGGCGCCAAGUGACGCCCGCCGCGCCCAGCACUGCCCGCGGCCCCCCGGCUUCGCGCUGCUGCAGCCCCAGGUGCUGCUCCCCCCGCCGUCCCCUCAGUGUCUCCUGACCCCAUUCCCCCCUGAGCC